GUGCUCUUGCUGUGGUCCCUCCCUUCGCCGCUGCUGCGCUCCAGCUGCUGCCGCCGCUGCCUGGCUGCCGGUGUCUCUGUUUUCUAUUCCGUACAGUAUAAUAUUCAAUGUAACACCAUGACAGGCAUUGCCGCUGCCUCCUUUUUCUCCAACACCUGCAGGUUCGGGGGCUGCGGACUUCAUUUCCCCACCUUGGCCGAUCUCAUCGAGCACAUUGAAGACAACCAUAUCGAUACAGAUCCUAGAGUUUUAGAAAAGCAGGAACUGCAGCAGCCCACAUAUGUUGCCCUCAGUUACAUCAACAGAUUUAUGACUGAUGCUGCACGUCGGGAGCAAGAAUCCCUAAAGAAGAAGAUACAGCCAAAGCUGUCACUAACGCUGUCGAGCAGCGUGUCUCGUGGAAGUGUCUCCACACCUCCUCGUCAUAGCAGUGGCAGCCUUACCCCACCCGUCACACCCCCCAUCACCCCAUCCUCUUCCUUCCGAAGCAGCACUCCUACAGGUAGCGAGUAUGAUGAAGAAGAAGUGGAUUAUGAAGAAUCGGAUAGCGAUGAGUCCUGGACCACAGAAAGUGCCAUUAGCUCGGAGUCUAUCCUGAGCUCCAUGUGUAUGAAUGGAGGAGAUGAAAAGCCUUUUGCCUGUCCUGUCCCUGGGUGUAAAAAGAGAUACAAGAAUGUGAAUGGUAUCAAGUACCAUGCCAAGAAUGGUCACAGAACACAGAUCCGUGUGCGCAAGCCGUUUAAGUGCCGCUGUGGAAAGAGCUACAAGACUGCUCAGGGGCUCCGGCACCACACCAUCAACUUCCACCCUCCACUGUCUGCCGAGGUGAUCAGGAAGAUGCAGCAAUAAUGACGCCGCUGGUCCCCACUGUGCCAACAACCGUCACCAGCAGUUGCUGAUUUUUUUUCAGAACAGCCACCUUUUUUUUUUUUUUUUUUUUUUUUAAGGGCUGAAAAACACUUGCCCUCCAAAAAAAAAAAAAAACAUACACUACAGAUUGAAUGCAUGCUUUAAUUGUUUUCAUGUAUUUUGGAAUGAUGUAUCUCUGUAGAGUUUGUGUUUUUGUACAUUUGCACAGUCAGCUCAUACCUAUUUCUCAUUACGUUUGACAUAAGGUGCUAAUUAUAAUUAUAUAUAUAUAUAUAUAUAUAUAUAUAUAUAUAUAUGUAUAUAUAUAAACUAACUGGGACAGUAUUAACUGCAGCUCAGUAGCCCAACACAUGCUCUGCAGAAGUCACGUUGGAUUGAAUAAGGGUUGAUCGAGUUUAAUUCAUUUAAUAAUGCUGGGAGAAGAUACAAUAAAGGCCUAUUCACACAGGACCAGAUGCUACAAGUAGAUCUAGUAUGAUACACCGCACCAGGAUAAAAAAAAAAUAGAACCUGUAGUUUUGAUCCGAACCGUUCACACUGCCUGAGAUGCAACUCUGAGAAUCGUAUUUGGUUGUUUUUUUUAGCGAUUGUCACGUGGCAGCUGGGGAACUGACCAAUGAGCAAUCAGAGGUUAUCACAUCACGGGUGCCUGUCGCUACUGGUGUGAAAGGUUGUGCCGC